CUAAGUUCCAACAGUUGUAAUAAGAAACAAGAAAUACUUUGUCUUAGAUAGUAACACCCAAACUCUUGAUCUUUUCAUUGCUAUUCUUCUUCUACCAUUGUAAAUUUCAUCAAAAAAAUAACAAUGGUGGUUUUAACAGAACCAGACAUUGAUCACUUACCAAUAAUCAUCAACUCUUGCAAAUCCCCCUCUUUCUUCAAUGAUAUUCCUGUGAUAGACCUCUCUAAACCCGAUUCCAAGAACCUCAUCGUUAAGGCCUGCGAAGAAUUCGGAUUCUUUAAAGUUGUAAACCAUGAUGUUCCUAUGGACUUCAUAAGUAAACUUGAAUCCGAAGCCAUUAAUUUCUUUUCCUCUCCCCUCUCUGAGAAGCUAAAAGCAGGGCCUGCUGACCCUUUUGGGCCUGCUGACCCUUUUGGUUAUGGCAAUAAGAAAAUCGGACAAAAUGGCGACAUCGGUUGGGUUGAAUACAUUCUCCUUUCAACAAACUCUGAAUUCAAUUACCAGAAAUUCGCAUCUGUAUUAGGUGUAAAUCCAGAAAACAUUCGGGCUGCGGUAAAUGAUUAUGUGACAGAAGUGAAGAAAAUGUCAUGUGAGAUUCUUGAAAUGUUGGCGGAGGGAUUAAAUAUUCAUCCGACAAAUGUUUUCAGUAAGCUUUUGAAGGAUGAAAAGAGCGACUCUGUUUUCCGCCUGAAUCACUAUCCUCCAUGUCCUGAUAUUCAAGAAUUCAAUGCCAAAAAUUUGAUUGGAUUUGGAGAACAUACCGAUCCACAAAUCAUAUCGGUUUUAAGAUCCAACAACACUUCCGGCCUUCAAGUUUUACUCAAAAAUGGCAACUGGUUUUCCGUGCCACCUGAUCAGAAUUCUUUUUUCAUCAAUGUUGGCGACUCAUUGCAGGUGAUGACUAAUGGAAGGUUUAAGAGUGUGAAGCAUAGGGUAUUGACAAACAGAGUGAAAUCAAGACUAUCAAUGAUAUAUUUUGGAGGACCACCAUUGAGUGAAAAAAUAGCACCAUUGCCAUCACUAAUGGAAGGAGAAGAAAGCAGCUUGUACAAAGAGUUUACAUGGUUUGAGUACAAAAAAUCUGCUUUCAAAUCUAGACUGGCAGAAAACAGAUUGACCCUGUUUGAGAAAUUUGGAGCCUCAUAGUGAUUUUUCGAACGAGAGACAAAAUCAGAAUUUAAAGUUUAUCGUUAUAUGUACAUAUUUCAAUAGAUUUCGCGAUAAAUAUACCAUAUUUGGAUCAAAAGGGUAGUUGAUAUCGAAAAACUCAAAUGAUUUUUCCUUUG